UCUCCGAUCAGUUUGAAACCAUUAUCAACAGCUUAAAGGUGGUUCCGCGUGUCGCUUAAAUUGUAUUUUUAUUUUGAUUAACGCAUAGUGCGAUAAUCAACCAAUUUUUGUAAUUCCACUUUGACGUUAUUUCCCAGAAUAAUGUUGACUCGAAAACCUGUGGGAAUUCUUAUAAUUGGCAUGCUGUUGCAUUGCGCAGUUCACGCACAACAAAAUUGUGUGAAUCCAAACAGAAACUCGGGCUACUGCUUAUCAAUCUACGACUGCCCUAGUUUAAUUGAUCUUGUCCAGCAAAUAUUACUUACCAGCAAUGAGCGAAUGUUUCUGAGAGAUUCUCAAUGUGAAAACGGAUUUGGUCGCCAGCCUUAUGUUUGUUGCACUCGUGAUAAAAACUACGCCAGUGUGGCAACAACAACACCGACACCUGCAACUACAACUACCACAGCAAGGACAGUAAUUCAACCCAGUCCAACGUCUGCCAAUGGUGAUAGAGGUCAGGGAGAAAGCCUCCUCCCAAGGCCACCAGCAUGUGGACCAAAUUCGUUCCUCGAUCGCAUUUACAAUGGCAACGACACAGCGCUUGAUGAGUUCCCAUGGAUGGCAUUGCUUGAGUACACGAACAAAAGGGGUCAACGGGAGCUAAAUUGUGGUGGCAGUCUGAUCAACAAUCGCUACAUACUAACCGCUGCUCACUGCGUAACUGGCCAAAUAUCCGUCGAAGUGGGUCAGCUAACUACAGUGCGAUUGGGCGAGUACGAUAUUAGCAAAGAAAUCGACUGUGUGAGGAAUGUUUGCAACCGGCCUGUGAUCGAGAUUGGCAUUGAGGAAGUGAUUGUGCAUCCCCAGUACAAUGCGGAUGACAACAAUCGUCAUAACGAUAUCGCACUCAUUCGCCUCAAUCAGCAAGUCGAACUCAAUGAAUAUAUUAUACCUGUCUGCCUGCCAUUGGUCAGCACACGAGCAGCCAUUAAUACCAAUGACAAGCUCACCGUGAGCGGCUGGGGUCGCACUCUUCUUGCUCGACAGAGCAACAUCAAACAACGCAUUGAUCUCCCCGUUGCGGAUCAAGAUUAUUGUAAGACGAAAUUUGCAACUAAGAGAAUAAGCGUGAUCAGCUCGCAAUUGUGCGUGGGAGGUGAAUACAUUCGAGAUAGUUGCGAUGGCGAUUCAGGCGGACCAUUGAUGCGAUACACGGGUGCUUGGUAUUUGGAAGGAGUUGUCUCAUUUGGUAACCGUUGCGGUCUUGAAGGUUGGCCUGGUGUCUACACAAGAGUAACUGACUAUAUAGAUUGGAUAAUCGGGACUAUUCGUUCCUAAGUAUAUCAAUUGGAGGAACUAUAAUUCACGAUUUGUCUCACUAGAUUUAAAUAACAAAAUUAUCAGAAAAACAUUCAAACCAAUCAAGCGCA